GUGCACGAUGCUCUAAACCCUUUCAACGGAGGAGUUUGGCCAAAUAAGCAACAAAAUCUCGCCUUCCUUCCUAGUUUCUUCACAUCUGCUUUCAUGGCUACUGGUUUGCGUGAGAAAAUCGUCACCUAUAUCCGCUCCGCGGAGCUCCGCCUCUUACGUUGCACUUUAGCGUUCGACCAAUCUUCUUCCUCUCCGGAGCCGCCCACUGGUUCUCUUUCUCAUCCUUCAUUCGCUCACUUUCGUGUCCUGCUCGACCAAGUUAUCGAGCUAAUUGAAUCCGGGCAGUACACCCAGGCGCUCUCUUCUCCAGCCGCGAAUUCUGUCUUCUCUUGCACUCGAUUCCAACCCCAAUUCACAUAUUCUACCGAGUCUGCACAGCAGUUCUACUCCGAGUUCGUACCCGGAUGUGUAACUUCAUUCCUCAACAAUGAUGAGGACGGAGACUCAGAUAGUUUGGACUUACAUAGCACGUUUAAGGCUCUUAUCGUCAUGUCCAUUGCGGUUGCAUCUCUCCUUGCAUUUGUCCAGUGCAACACUACUGGUCCAACUGAGAAGUUUCCGUUGAUGCCUUUAGUUGCAUUAACUUAUCGUGAAGGAGAGAGCAGUGAUAGUAGAGGAUGGCUGGAAUGGGAGAGAUGGGGAGAAAAUGAGUUAAUCUCAGUUGGUUCAGAUUUGGGUGCAAAGUUUUACAAUAUUCAGUAUAUAGUUCUUUCAAAGGUCCUGCUUUUGAGGAUAAAAGAUCUUUUGGCAGAAGGCAACUUUUCUUCCACAGUGAAAAGUGUCUCGUGGUGGUUAGCUCGGUUGCUUAUCUUUCAGCAGAAAUUGUUAGAUGAUCGUUGCUCUGCACUGUUUGAUCUACUACAAGUUUAUACUCUUGAAAGUUUGAAUCAGUUUGGAACCACAGAAAAGGCUAGAGACUAUUGGGUCUCUCAGAUCUCAAACGAUGAUGCUUCUACUAUUGUGUCAGCACUUCACUUAGAGGCAGGAAUCAUGGAACUCACUUAUGGGCGGAUUGAUUCUUCCAAACUGUAUUUUGAAUCAGCAGCAGCAUCAUCUGGACUUAGUUUUUCUUUGAGUGGGGCUAUGGGCUAUCGAACUGUACAUCAGGUUGAACCGAAGGCGCAAUUGGUUCUUGUUGGUAGCACAAAUGGAUGUGAGAAGGUUCCUCAACAAGGGCUUGAGUUGCAUAGUGAUUCAUCUAUUGCUAGUGAAGAUGUUCAACAUUCGCAAGCACAUGAAAGGUCUGAGGCAUCUGAUAUAUUAAUGGCACCAAGAUUCACAGAGGAUUUCAAGACUUCUGAGGUGAACUACAGUAUUGCUGCUACCCGAUUGAAAUCCGUGCAGCAAGCAGUAGUUUUAGCGCAAUGUCAUUUUAUACAGAGGAGUGCUAGAAAUGAUGAAUUACAAAGGUGGGAAAUGGCUCCAUAUAUAGAAGCAAUUGAUUCCCAACAGUCAUCACCCUUCAUGAUACGAUAUCUCUGUGACAUAUCACGUAUCCAUUGGGAGUCGACUCGUAGUCGCACAAAGCAGCGUUCAUUGCUGAUGAUGAAUAAACUGGUUCAAAGUAUAUACGAUCCUUCUCCAGUUGUUUCACAGAGGAUGCUAUUCUGCUUUGGAGCUAAAGUUCCUACACUACCUGCAUUACGCAAGGAGUAUGGUGAUCUGCUAGUAAGAUGUGGCUUGAUCGGGGAAGCUGUCAAAAUAUAUGAAGAUCUUGAGCUUUGGGAUAAUUUAAUUUAUUGUUACAGGCUUUUGGACAAGAAAGCAGCAUCUGUGGAACUCAUUAGGGCACGAUUAUCUGACAGGCAAUCUGACUCAAGGUUAUGGUGCUCAUUAGGUGAUGUUACAAAUGAUGAUGCAUGCUAUGAGAAAGCCCUAGAAGUUUCUGCGAACAAGUCUGCUCGAGCACUGCGCUCUCUUGCUCGUAGUGCAUACAAUAGGGGUGAUUAUGAGAGGUCGAAAGGCUUAUGGGAGUCUGCAAUGAGAAUGAACUCUAUGUAUCCAGAUGGAUGGUUUGCAUUAGGUGCUGCUGCAUUAAAGACUAGGGAUGUGGAUAAAGCACUUGAUGGAUUUACACGUGCUGUUCAGCUAGACCCUGAAAAUGGAGAGGCUUGGAAUAAUAUUGCUUGUUUGCACAUGGUCAAGAAGAGAAACAAGGAAGCAUUUAUUGCUUUUAAGGAAGCAUUGAAGUUCAAGCGAAACAGCUGGCAGAUGUGGGAAAAUUUUAGCCGUGUUGCAGCAGAUAUUGGCAAUAUCAACCAGGCAAUGGAAGCUGUACAAAUGGUGUUGGAUAUGACUAAGAAAAAAAGAACUGAUAUUGAUUUGCUAGAGAAAGUGAUGCAGGACCUUGAAAUGCGCGUUUCAACCACCCAUUCUGUAUCUGCAUCAAGAAAUGCUACAAGCAAUAACAUCACUGAUGUCAUCUGUGAUACAAACCAUGCUGAGAAGUUAGUAACAUCAGAAGCAGGGCUGUCAUUUGAACGAGAAACUGAGCACUUAAUUCAGCUGGUUGGCACAAUUUUGCGACAGAUGGCACAAAGUGGAAACAGUGCAGCAGCGGUGUGGGGGCUGAAUGCUAGGUGGCACAAACUCAAAGGAGAUCUCACAAUGUGUUCUGAGGCACUUCUGAAGCAAGUCAGAUCAUACCAGGGAUCAGAUUUAUGGAACGAUAAAGAUCGCUUUGGAAAGUUUGCAAAUGCUUCAUUGGAACUAUGCAGGGUGUAUAUUGAAAUUGCUUGCCGCAAUGCUAGUCGCAAAGAGUUGUUUGCAGCUGAGAUGCACUUGAAGAGCACUAUCAAGCAGGCUGCCAAGAAUUUUUCAGAAAUCAAAGAAUAUCAAGAUUUGUUGGCCUGCCUUGAUGAGGUGCAAAAGGCACUCCAAGCUUAGGACUUCUGCACUUGGCAGAUCUAACCCACUCUGCAUCUAUACAGUGAAAACUGUAAUCUCGAUUUUUUUAAAUUUAAAGCUUCUAUUAUAACUUUUUGGAGCUAAUUAUCAUUUUGUAGGACAUUCUCCACAUUUUUUUAACUUACGUUUUUGACAUUUUUGUGUACCGGUGUAUGUAGUCUAGAAAACAAUGUUACACUUACAUUUGUAAAUUGCAAGUUGUAACAUAUAAUAGAAUAUAGGAUUUGGCUGCCCAACGGCAGCAAUUUUUGUGUAAUACAUUACUAUAGCAGCUUAUAUUACCAAUGUUUUAUAUAUGCCUGAUUCAACUAUCCUAG